UCUAAAAAUUCCUGUAACACUCAGUGGUAAACAAGAUUCACUACACAAUUACGAUUAAAACCUAGAGGAAGCAAAUAUCUAGUUUAACAAAGACUUAAAAAUGGGAAAUAUUAUAUUCUUUUUGUGUUAUGUAGGAUUUUUUGGUGAUUUGCUUAUGGUGAAUUUUGUAUCAGGUUCAGCUGUGGUAUAUAGGACUCAAACUACCAGAAAUAUGCAUAAUAUAUGUCCACCUAUAGAAAUACAAAAUGGGUUAGCUAGAAGAAGAGCUAGGGGAAGAGUAGCCAAAUUUUUUUGUGUAAGAGGGUUUUUAUUGGCUGGGGAAAAACUCAGUACAUGUACUCGUGGUAAAUGGGAUCCAGAAAUUCCAAGAUGUGUACGUCCAACGUGCAAGACUCUAUCUCAACAAAACACUAAUGGGAACAUUUUAAUUUAUCCAACUCAUAGUGGAGCAGUUCAACAUUUCUUCUGUAAAGCUGGUAACUAUUUAAACGGCCCUAGAGAUAUUUAUUGCAACGGUUCAAUAUGGAGUAACAAUGUACCUACCUGUAUAACUAAUAAUCAAAAGCCACCACUAAGUUGUAAUUUUGAGGAUUUGGAUAUUUGUGGUUGGACUCAUGAUCCAAACCAUGAUUUUGAUUGGAAAAGAGAAAAUUAUAACACACCCAGUGGAUCAAUUGGGACCGGACCAAGUUUUGAUCAUACCAAAGGAAGGGGCCAAGAUGGUUACUACAUGUAUAUUGAGUCAUCAUCAAAGUCUGAAAAUGACAGUGCCAGAUUGAUUUCCCCAGUAUAUGAUGUUCGUAGUGAUGAUCUUUGCUUUAAAUUUUAUUACCACAUGUUUGGAGCUACAAUAGGAACUCUUCGGGUAUAUUUAAAAACAAUAAAUGAAAGUUGGAAAUUAAAUCCGGAAUCAGCUUUCUUUUCAAAGAGUAAAAAUCAAGGAGACAAGUGGUAUCGAAGUCUGACUCACCUUGGGAGUGUUACCGAACAAUUUCAAAUAAUCAUUGAGGGUGUCAGAGGUAAUGGGUAUGUAAGUGAUAUAGCUAUAGAUGAUGUAGAAAUUAUUCCAAAUUGUGAAAAUGAAGAAGAAUCUACGACAAGCAUGUAUAGUAGUACUGAUAAUGAAAUGUUUCCAAUAAUAGAUACGUGUGAAGAUCGCUGUGGACAAAAAGAAAAUAUAACAGAAUUGUAUCAUUUGACGUGCGACUGUGAUGAUGAUUGCUUUAUUAGUAACAGAUGUUGUCCUGAUUUUUAUGACACGUGUAUAGAUACGACUUGGGAUACGACUCCUCCUAUAGAUAAAUCUGAAACAGAGGGUUCUUUAACUACAGCCAAAGAGGCAACCACGGCGAAUCAUUUAACAAAAAGUGUGUAUACAACUCAAACAAGACGUCCAGUUACUACAGUAGCUCCAAGAACUACUACCAGAUUUAUGCAUGUAAUACGUUUUAACACACCACCUGUAACUCCUCGAAUAUUCAGAAGAACAACCACUACCACACUAGUUCCUCCACUUCCUCCUUCUACAACUCGUUCUAAUAGAACUACAGUUACAACUCCUACUUCUUCAGUCACAGAACAUAAAGACGACGUACUUGAAGUACCGAGACCUACAAAUAUCGACGAAUUACUCUAUGACGCUAUAAGUGGCUCUAAAGAAUUUUGGUCAGAUGAAGUAGAAAAUGCCAUAGAUGCUCCAAGCACGAGAAAUUUCAGUGAAAGCAACAAGCUUUUCAGUCAGGUCAGACAAGCAGAGACGAGUUCGCAUUUAGUAAUCGUAUCAUUAAGUGUUUGUGCUGCUGUAGUGUUAAUUUCUGUUGUAAGUUUCGUAGUUAUAAGGAGAUAUAUAUAUUCUAGAAAUGUUCUGCAAUCUUCAAAUGGUGAAAGUCAAAGUGACGUGCGAUAUUUGACAAAUUCUGAUGUUCUUGAUCUUUCCUUAGCUAAUGUUUAUGAUGAAUUAUUAAACUAACUUAUUUAUUUAUUUACGUAUAUUAUACAAUUUUUAAAAUUUGUUAACUUGUUUCAAAAUAAAAAUAAUAUCUAGGUACAUGUUGAAGUUGUGCUGUUGAGAUUUUAAAGCAUUUAAAGAAAAGAAAUCCAUAUCGAAAUAGGUCAUAGUAUCAGAAAAUUAUUCAUCUAGUAUUAUUCUUCUUGUAGUGCCAUCUCCGGGACGGAGAUCAUCAUCAUUACGUAGCGCUACAACCCUGGGUGGGUCUUGACCAAUGAACUGUCAACACUGAUGGAAUGGCCCCGUCCCAUUCCAACAGUGAAGCGAGAUAGGCGCCAACAUACAAGAGAGAGGUUCUAGCACUUCUAGAGAGACAUGAGAGAGACAGAGAAUUUGUCAGGUAAAAUUUGCUACAACUACAACGUACCUGACUAGCACUGUCCGAUUAUCUUCCCUCCUUUAUCUGAUUAUCUUCUAUCUCAUCCUGACGCCAUUAACUUCGUUUUAUGGCGAUUCCAUCAGUGUUGACAGUUCGUUGGUCUUGACUGACUGUACAACUUUUUUCCAAUUUGUUCUGUCUUCCAUCAAUCAUGGGUCAAAUGGGUCAAAAUGGUAAUUUUCCGGAGACUUACUUCGAUGUUAUCUCUCCUUCGCAUUCUGGGACGUCCGAGUGGUCUUUUGCCUGUAGUAAUCUCCUCCCAUACCAGUUUUACAAUUCUCUCGUUAUGAAGUCUGUGCACGUGGCCUGUCCAUCUUAGUCGGUGUGAUUUAAUUUCUUGGAUAAUAUCAGCAUCAUUGAAGGGUGCUUUUAAUUCGAUGUUGGUUCUGAUCCCAUAGUAGUUUGUGGUGAUAUCGUGGUGAGGUCUAAAAAUGUUUCUAAGUAUUUUUCGUUCAAAACGUCUGUGCUUUUCUUCGUUUGCUUUGGUCAUGGUCCACGUUUCGCAUCCAUAUGUUGAUAUAGGUCUGACUAUGGAUUUAUAGAUUUUGAUCUUUGAACUUCUUGUUAGAUCUUGUAAGAAUAGACAGCGAUUUGCCGAUUGGAUUCUGUCUUUUAUUUCUUCAGUAACAUCGUUGUCAGCUGUGUUACGGCCCCCAGAUAUUUAAAAAGUUGUACUCUUUUGAAAUUGAAGGUGUUGACCGUCUUAUUUUAUCCUAUCCUGUCUCUUCGUCUCUUUCUAUUUAUACACAUAUAUUUCGUCUUCUCUUCAUUAAUCUUCAGCCCUACUUCACUUGUUGCUCCUUCCAUCUUGUUGAAAAUGUCUUUUAUGGAUAGAAUGGAGUCUCCAACGAGAUCAAUGUCAUCUGCAUAUGCUAGUAAUGGCUUGGGACCUUGAAUUUAUAACAAUUCUGUUUUUAUUUCGGCCGACCUCAUGGCUUUCUCUAAUACAAGGUUAAAAAGUACUAUGGUGAUAACGCAUCAUUCUGUUUGAGUCCACUGUUAAUUUCAAAGCUGUCAGAAGUUUAUUAUUUACACGUACUUUAGAUAUUCCAUCCUCCAUACCUUGUAAUAUUAUGUAAUGUGGUUAAAUAAAUUAAUUCAUUCAUACAGACUUUGGUCAUCCGAAUGAGUUUCUUUGGUAUUGAGAACUCCGCCAUGGCAUUCCAUACUUGGCUUCUUUCUACGCUAUCAUAUGCCUGUCGAAAGUCUAUUAAGAGAUUGUGUAUGGGUCUGUUAUACUCCCAUCCCUUUUCUAGAAGCUGUCUCAGCGUGAAUAGUUGAUCUAUUUUUGACCUGUUUGUCCUCAAACCGGCUUGAUAUUCUCUUAGGAAAUUUUCAGCAUAAGGGGUUAGUCUACUAAGACUGAUGCUUGAGAGGAUUUUAUAUGCCGUGUUUACGAGUGAAAUCCCGCUAUAAUUCAAGCAUUUUGUUUUGUCCCCAUUUUUGUGGAUGGGCACUAUGAUGUUUUCCUUCCAUCUAUCCUUUCUUUUAACCAUAUAUGCGUUAUUAACUGGUGGAUCUCGCGAUGUAUAGUGCGUCUCCCUCAUAUUUCAAAAAUUCUGCUGGUAUCUCGUCCGUACCCGGUGCUUUGUGAUUUUUCAGCUUAUUUAAGGCCUUUUGGGUUUCUUCAAAACAGGGAUUGUAAUGGGCAUGUCCUCUGUGAUAUAGAUCUCUUCUUUGUGCUGUUGUUCCUGUAUGAUGUUAAGAAGGUCUCUGAAAUAAUACCCUUUCCAUUUUUCAGUUAGCUCUUUACCGUUGAUUAUCAUAUGGCAUUGAUUGUCUCUCAGUCUAGUGAUAGCAACGGAGGGCACUUAAAAAAGGAAUUGGCGACAAUAUACAUCCCUGUCUCACCCCACAUCUAAAUUAAAUUUCCCCUGAAAGCUGUUCGUUAACACUUACUUUUGUUCGCUGCUUAUAGUAUAAAUUUAAAUGUUUUUACUCUUCAUAAAAAAAACAAGAUUCAUCUGUCACAAAUGUAAAAAAUUUAUGUGUCUGGAACACUGGACACGUAUUUGUACCUACCUAAUGUAUGGAAAAUAUUGAGUUACUUCAACAAGAAAAAUUCGGUUUCACCAAAUGAUUUUCAUAGUUCUGUUAUAUCUACUUUCUAGGCCAGGUUAUUAGAAAUAUUUGGAUAAUUUUAUAUUAAUAUUUUAAUUCAAGCACGGAGUUUUACCUUAAGUUUUUUUAGAGUUAAGGCUUUCAGAAAAAAAAAUUUUUAGUUUUACUUUCUUUUUUUUUUAAUUUUAGGAAAAUUGUUACUGAAUUUUAUUAAAAAAUGCUUAAAA